GGUAGCACAGUGACCACGAAUCAGUGACCAGUGACCGUGCUGACAUCAGGGACAAGGAACUGGGUUUUUUCCUGGAUAUUGCUCCCAUACCCAUUGUCAUCCUCCAUGAUCCUCAGAGAAGAGUGUCAAAGGAAACAAUGUUGUGCCUGAAAAAACAAACCACAGGUUUCAAGUAAAUUCUUUCGCUUCUCCCACCCAUGAAUAUCUUUCUGUCACACAAAGAAACCUCCCUAGAGGCUGCUGGAGGAUCCCUGUCCCAAUUAUAGAUGACAGAGUCUCUGCCCAGUUGCCUAGGCCAACUGACAAGUGCCCUCUGCAGGUUGCUCUCUAAAUAAGUGCCCUCCAUGCUGCCUCCUCUCUGUGUGUUCUGGGGGGUGGGAGAGAAUUUCAAGGGCAGUUCUGGGCCUACACUGCCUUACCACGCAGGGAGCAAUGCCAGUAUUGUGGCAAAGGAUAUAUGAUUCCCCUGCAUUAAAUAUUGCCCAUCUCCCUUCAAUUUCUGCCAUACCUCUGGGUGCCUGUGGUAACUCCAAUUUGUCACUGCGAGCUGAAAGGGCUGUUUCAAGUCGUGAGCAACAAGCACAUGUAUUUCCAAAAUUACUACAUUUUAUAGUCUAGAGAAAUGGUGGAGGGGCCACAUCUUAAUAACUGUCUCUCUUGAUGCCCAUUCAGAGAUGUGACUCCCACUGUGUUAGUCACAUGGAUUCUUAAUGACACAAAGACUUCAGAGUGUUUAACCGCGGAAUCAGUUUUUGAUAGGAAUACUGCUGGAAUUCCUUGUGUGAGCUUAGAACUGACGUUUUGCUCUAGAAAGGGAGAAGAAGGGUUAAAAGAAGAGGCUUCUGGCUCAGCCCAGAAAAAGAAUUUCUUCACAUUCCUUAACGAGGGGGGGAGAGAUGUUCCCUUCCAGCAGAAAUAGCCUAGGAGUUUCUUGGAUUAGCCUGAACACUUCAUUUAAUAAAACAAGCAACUCAAAUAUCAACAGAGAAGCUAUUAUUCUCCAAGCCCCAUGUAUAUCAAAUAACUUUUAUGUAGUUUUUCAAAUAUAGUAAAGGUGCAGCCAAAUUUGUAACAACCUAAUGUUAUCAGAAUACAUUAAAAUAGUAUUAUUAAGAACAAUUUUGCAUCAGUGCUGAGGUCCAUCCCCCACAUCACUCAGAGCCUAACGUCAGCAAAGAGCUGAAUAAUCAGUCGCUGGCUGGUGCUAUUUGUUUCUGUAAUCUCCUAAGUUUCUGUCAUCAGGAAUAGAAACUGAAAGGGAGAAAAGCACCCUACAAAAAGAAGGUAGCAUUGGAUGCUGUAGUUAGGGAAAACCAUGGCUUCUGGCUGGAAGGGAGGUCACUUGACUGACUAUACCAUCGAGAGGUGGAAGAUACAACCAAAGGAGUUCAAGGACGUUUAUGACCCGAGUGUACUUCCCAGAGUGACUUAUCUGCUCUAUGAAAUUAAAUGGGGCAACAGCACCAAGAUUUGGAGAAACUGGUGCCGAAACAACAGCACCCAGCAUGCUGAAAUCAACUUCCUGGAAAAUUCCUUCAAGGAAAGAUCUCUCAAUCCUUUGACCCAUUGCUCCAUCACCUGGUUCCUCUCCUGGAGUCCUUGCUGGAAAUGCUCCCAAUCUGUGGUACAGUUCCUGAAGACAUACCCCAAGGUGAACCUAGAAAUUUAUGUAGCGCGGCUCUUUAGGCAUAAAGACAGACGCAACCAACUAGGCCUGCGUGACCUGGUGAUGAAUGGAGUCACCCUUAGAGUCAUGGACCUCUCAGCUUACAACUAUUGUUGGAGAACAUUUGUCAACCAUCAAAAUGGAGAAGACUACUUGCCUUGGCACCUCACCCCAUGGAUAAUGUUCUUUUUUUUUGAACUCCAGCUUAUCCUUCAGGGCUCCGCAGCCAGUUUACAGAUCUGGCCGGCAAGUAGCAAUCAGAUUCCAAGUUUCAGUCUUAUUCGACCAGAAUAUUGUCAUCUAAUGCCUCUGCAAAGGGUUGGCACAGAAGCUAGUCAUGUGAAGUCAUCACAUAACUGGCCUGAAUCAACAGCCAAUCACCAGCAACUGCUAGUGUUUGGGCCUGGACUAUCCGCCAGUCACCAGCAACAGCCAAUGUUUAGGCCUGGACCAGCAGUCAGUAAUCAUCAGCCACUAGUGUUUGGACCUGGACCCGUAGCCAAUCACCUGCAACAGCCAAUAUUUAGGCCUGGACCAGCAGUCAGUCAUCAUCAGUCACUAGUGUUUGGACCUGGACCAGUAGCCAAUCACCUGCAACAGCCAAUGUUUAGGCCCGGACCAGCAGUCAGUCAUCAUCAGCCACUAGUGUUUGGGCCAGGACUAUCGACUAGUUGCCAUCUGCAACCUGUGUUUAGGCCAGAACUACCAGCCAAUCAGCGACAGCAACAGGAUUCAGGCCUAGACCAUUAGCCAAUCAACAGCAACAACAAAGUAACAGGUUCUGGAAUAGAUCCCCUUGGAUCUCCAUAGGAAAUAAACCUCUGGGAGUCCCCUCAUAGUUUGCACUUACGUAAACAAGGGGAAACACAUUUUAACAUACUUCAGGCAAUACCCUUGUUAUGAAUAACCCUAAACAUUUAUUGCUCCUAUGAACAGUUUUGUGAGGAAAUAAUUGGUGAUACUGUGAUGUUCUGUACCUCGGGGGAACACCCUACACCCCCAUGUUCAUCUUUAUAAAAUGGUUGUGUGGUAUCCAAUGCAAAGUUUGUCAUGUUGGGUGUCUUCGGAAGGCUCAUAAUGCACUGAGCA